AUGCCCCUGGAGGGGCAAAUGCAGUCCUGGUUUCUGCCGUCAGCUCAGCAACUCCUAAAUAGGGCAGUCGAUAGAGGCACGGUGCUGUGUCCAGGUGAGCAGAGAAGCACAUGGCCCCAGUUGGCUCUGGGGACAGGCUGUCUGCAGAAGUGGAAGAAACCCAGAGGAGGAGAGAGGAGCCUCUCGGGAGGGGGCAGAUGGGCUCAGGAGAGUUGCGUGCAGAGUCAAGAAAUGGGGGAAAGUGUAACCAGUGCCAUCUGGUUUGAAGUCGCCAGCUCAAGGGUGGUCUACAGAGCCCCAGCCAUGAAUGACAUCGCCAUCAUUACCACCAGCAGAAAGCCCAUGGACAUGCAUGAGUACACAAUGCAACAGUCAGGAGGGCACUGGGCAGAAAAUCAUAUCCUGCUUAUCCCCAACUUAGUGCCUCCGGCAGGGGCAGAGAAAAAAUACAAUUCCAGAAAUGCCAGAAGUGCCCAUGGACUGAAGGAACGCUUCCCUGUAGGUCCCAGCCAAUUCAAGUGUGAAGACCCCUUUUUCAGUGAAAACAUUGUUGACUUUGAACUUCAAAUCUUCAGCCUGCUGGCGUCCCCACAAAUGCCUGGGCCUGGCUGGGCCUCUGUGUUUGCUGUGUUGCUGCUGUCACCGCCAACUGCUCUGUCGACCGUGGGAGUGUGGGCCCGGGCUCCAGGAACUGUUGUCCCAACUCUGAUUGUGGUUCCAGAUUUAGUCACAUUUCUGUCCCAGUCCCCAUCGCAGUGCCUGUCCCUGUCCCUGAGGUGUCAUAAUUUGGAUGGGAACACAGGGAGAAGGGGCUCCAAAGCCAGUUCCAGAGUGCCGGGGCGUCCGAGGAGCCGGCCCAACCGCUCCCAGCUGCAGCCGGCUUGUCCCUCUCUCGGAACUACCCAGGGAGAGGCGCUUGCGGAGGUCGGCGUUCGAUCUCGCAUCCGUGACUGUUGCCGGCGCAUUUCCUCGAAGUCUUACCUCGAAGGGCUGGGUCCCACCCGCGCGCCCUGUGAGUGUCUCCCUGUUUCCCCACGCCCUCCUUGCCUGGCUGCUGCGAGGCUUUGCAGGGGAAAGACUGGCGCGGGGUUCGCCCCCUGCCCAUGUCACAGGAAAACCCUGGGAGCCUCCCCGACGCGGCGCAUUUCCGGAAACCCCUCCCCAAGCGGGUUGCGGGAAGGCCGGGACUCUGCAUCCAGAAAACCCGGUCGCCUCGCAAAAGGAGAGUCGGAGACCCAGCUGAGGGGCAAACAUGCCAGGGAAAGGCGAGCCCAGAGCUUGCAGCCACCGCAGCCGGCCUCCUCCUCCUGCGAGCAGCCCUCGGCGGACACCGCUAUUAAAGUGGAGGGAGGCGCGGCCACCGGCGACCAGAUCCUUCCGGAGGCCGAGGUGCGCUUGGGCCAGUCCGGCUUCAUGCAGCGCCAGUUCGGGGCCAUGCUCCAACCCGGGGUCAACAAAUUCUCCCUAAGGAUGUUCGGCAGCCAGAAAGCCGUGGAACGCGAGCAGGAGAGGGUCAAGUCGGCCGGAUUUUGGAUUAUCCACCCCUACAGUGACUUCAGAUUUUACUGGGACCUGACCAUGCUGCUGCUGAUGGUGGGAAACCUGAUCAUCAUUCCUGUGGGCAUCACUUUCUUCAAGGAUGAGAACACCACACCCUGGAUUGUCUUCAAUGUGGUGUCAGACACAUUCUUCCUCAUCGACUUGGUCCUCAACUUCCGCACAGGGAUCGUGGUGGAGGACAACACAGAGAUCAUCCUGGACCCACAGCGGAUUAAAAUGAAGUACCUGAAAAGCUGGUUCAUGGUAGAUUUCAUUUCCUCCAUCCCCGUGGACUACAUCUUCCUCAUUGUGGAGACACGCAUCGACUCAGAGGUCUACAAGACUGCCCGGGCCCUGCGCAUCGUCCGCUUCACGAAGAUCCUCAGCCUCUUACGCUUGUUACGCCUCUCCCGCCUCAUUCGAUAUAUUCACCAGUGGGAAGAGAUCUUCCACAUGACCUACGACCUGGCCAGUGCCGUGGUGCGCAUCGUGAACCUCAUCGGCAUGAUGCUCCUACUCUGCCACUGGGAUGGCUGCCUGCAGUUCCUGGUACCCAUGCUGCAGGACUUUCCUGAUGACUGCUGGGUGUCCAUCAACAACAUGGUGAACAACUCCUGGGGGAAGCAGUACUCCUACGCGCUCUUUAAGGCCAUGAGCCACAUGCUGUGCAUCGGCUACGGACGGCAGGCGCCCGUGGGCAUGUCCGACGUCUGGCUCACCAUGCUCAGCAUGAUCGUGGGCGCCACCUGCUACGCCAUGUUCAUUGGCCACGCCACUGCCCUCAUCCAGUCCCUGGACUCCUCCCGGCGCCAGUACCAGGAAAAGUAUAAGCAGGUGGAGCAGUACAUGUCCUUCCACAAGCUCCCGCCCGACACCCGGCAGCGCAUCCACGACUACUAUGAGCACCGCUACCAGGGCAAGAUGUUCGACGAGGAGAGCAUCCUGGGCGAGCUGAGCGAGCCCCUGCGGGAGGAGAUCAUCAACUUUAACUGCCGGAAGCUGGUGGCCUCCAUGCCACUAUUUGCCAACGCGGACCCCAACUUCGUGACGUCCAUGCUGACCAAGCUGCGUUUCGAGGUCUUCCAGCCCGGGGACUACAUCAUCCGGGAAGGCACCAUCGGCAAGAAGAUGUACUUCAUCCAGCACGGCGUGGUCAGCGUGCUCACCAAGGGCAACAAGGAGACCAAGCUGGCCGACGGCUCUUACUUUGGAGAGAUCUGCCUGCUGACACGGGGCCGGCGCACAGCUAGCGUGAGGGCCGACACCUACUGCCGCCUCUACUCGCUGAGCGUGGACAACUUCAAUGAGGUGCUGGAGGAGUACCCCAUGAUGCGAAGGGCCUUUGAGACUGUGGCGCUGGACCGCCUGGACCGCAUCGGCAAGAAGAACUCCAUCCUCCUCCACAAAGUCCAGCACGACCUCAACUCGGGCGUCUUCAACUACCAGGAGAACGAGAUCAUCCAGCAGAUUGUGCAGCACGACCGGGAGAUGGCGCACUGCGCACACCGCGUCCAGGCCGCCGCCUCUGCCACCCCGACCCCUACGCCUGUCAUCUGGACCCCACUGAUCCAGGCACCACUGCAGGCUGCUGCGGCCACCACUUCUGUGGCCAUAGCCCUCACCCACCACCCUCGCCUGCCUGCUGCCAUCUUCCGCCCUCCGCCAGGAUCUGGGCUGGGCAACCUCGGCGCCGGGCAGACGCCAAGGCACCUGAAACGGCUGCAGUCCCUGAUCCCUUCUGCGCUGGGCUCCGCCUCGCCCGCCAGCAGCCCAUCCCAGGUAGACACGCCGUCUUCAUCCUCCUUCCACAUCCAACAGCUGGCUGGAUUCUCUGCCCCCGCCGGACUGAGCCCACUCCUGCCCUCAUCCAGCUCCUCCCCACCCGCCGGGGCCUGUGGCUCCCCCUCGGCUCCCAUACCAUCAGCUGGCACAGCCGCCACCACCACAGCCGGGUUUGGCCACUUCCACAAGGCACUGGGCGGCUCCCUGUCCUCCUCCGACUCUCCCCUGCUCACCCCGCUGCAGCCAGGCGCCCGCUCCCCACAGGCUGCCCAGCCACCUCCGGCACCACCCGGGGCCCGGGGAGGCCUGGGACUCCCGGAGCACUUCUUGCCACCCCCACCCUCAUCCAGAUCCCCAUCAUCUAGCCCUGGGCAGCUGGGCCAGCCUCCCGGGGAGUUGUCCCUAGGUCUGGCUGCUGGCCCACCGAGCACGCCAGAGACACCCCCACGGCAGCCUGAGCCGUCAUCCCUUGUGGCAGGGGCCUCUGGGGGGGCUUCCCCUGUAGGCUUUACUCCCCGAGGAGGUCUCAGCCCCCCUGGCCACAGCCCAGGCCCCCCAAGAACCUUCCCAAGUGCCCCACCCCGGGCCUCUGGCUCCCACGGAUCCUUGCUUCUGCCACCUGCAUCCAGCCCCCCACCACCCCAGGUCCCCCAGCGCCGGGGCACGCCCCCCCUCACCCCCGGCCGCCUCACCCAGGACCUCAAGCUCAUCUCUGCAUCUCAGCCAGCCCUGCCUCAGGACGGGGCACAGACUCUCCGCAGAGCCUCCCCGCACUCCUCAGGGGAGUCCAUGGCUGCCUUCCCGCUCUUCCCCAGGGCUGGGGGUGGCAGCGGGGGCAGUGGGAGCAGCGGGGGCCUUGGUCCCCCUGGGAGGCCCUAUGGUGCCAUCCCCGGCCAGCACGUCACUCUGCCUCGGAAGACAUCCUCAGGUUCUUUGCCACCCCCUCUGUCUUUGUUUGGGGCAAGAGCCACCUCUUCUGGGGGUCCCCCUCUGACUGCUGGACCCCAGAGGGAACCUGGGGCCAGGCCUGAGCCAGUGCGCUCCAAACUGCCGUCCAAUCUAUGA